UCGUCUACGCCGUAGAUAGCUACGAGAAUUUCGUAGAAUGUUAUACGCGUGUCUUUAUUUUUUCAAGUGACUUUAAAGUGUCGCCAUGGAUUGGAAAGGAUAUGUAGUAAUAUUAACGCUGUUUACUGCGGUUUUGGGAAAUCCAGCUAAAAUUGAUUCAAAAAGAGAUCACUGCAACAAGACUGUGGAGGUGUAUGAAGAUGUGUCGUCUCCACCGGUGUCUGCAGACAACUUUGGGCGACCGCUCACUUGCACUUACAGGUUUCGAGCUUUUCGAGGUUCGCCGAAGGAUUGGAUAUUGAGAAUAAGAUUUAAAAAGUUCAAGGUCGGCAACCUCAUUAAUGGAACCACAUGUCAUAAAGGAUACAUGCAGAUAGUUGACGGUAAUGCUAAAACGGACGUGUCCAACAGAAAGGAACCAGGCCUGUUUUGUGGAGAAAUUGAACAACCGCAGACCUUUAUAUCGGAGACUAACUUUGUCAAAAUCGUAUUCCACGCUGACAAUUUCACCGAUCAAACGUAUUUUAGUUUUGAUUCGAGAGCGGAGCAGCAAUUUGAGGUUUAUCUUCGUUACGGCCAGCAUCCCGAACUGUAUCCAAAUAGACGCGGUGAAGUUGUUGCUGGGUCAUAUUGUGAACGAGUUUUUCGAGAUUGUCGUCUUCAGACAUGCUACGUGCAAUCCGCGGCGUAUCCCGGCGUGUAUCCCAGAAAUCUACAUUGCAGGUACCACUUGAAUACUCGUCUACCGUACAUAAAAUUGUACAUUGAAAAUGAGGAAUUCAACAUAGACGGACAGCGAUGCGAGAAUAUAAUGACGUGCCCCAUGAGGCCAAUUACUUCAGGUUCAGAAAAUUGCCCAUACGAUUAUAUCAAGAUUUACGACGGUAAAGACGAAUCAGCAUCGGUGAUCGGAACUUUCUGCGGAAUGGGAAAGUUCCCCUACUCCAUUAUCGGCACAUCCCAGGAUCUAUUCGUGGAAUUUGUUAGCUCUCCUGCAGGUCCCCUCCUUAACACUGGAUUUCAUUUCAACGUCGGGAACUGGCCAGGUCAUGUAGAAGCACCUGGAUCCAAGAUCGGGAGCUGCGAUUGGCUUCUUACAGCCGAAUCCUUAAAGAAAUCUGGUGAUACGGAAGGAAUCUUUCUCUCAGUGGCCCAUUGGUACCCUCCCCAUACAUCAUGCACUUAUCUCAUGCAAGGUUUCCCUGGACAAGUAGUUAGACUUUAUUUUCCAAGCUUCCGGAUUAAUCGUAUAGAAUCACCAAUAGUACCAUGGACCGGAGACUGCGGAGAAUCCCUCACUCUGUAUGACGCUCCUAGACCCGAUGACGCGAAGAUUAUCAAAACAUUCUGCGACACUUUUAGCAGACCAAUGGAGAAACAUGAUUUUGUAUCCACCGGCAACGCAAUGUUUGUGAGAUUUGAAAGUAAAACUGGAAGUUAUAGUGGGUCAUCUCUUUACUACUGGGCGCAUUACGACUUCUUUAACAACACACGUUUUGGGGAACCUGUUCAAGGAACAGCCUGUGAUGAGGUCAUAGCUUCUUGGAAACAAAGAGCAGGCAGAAUCAGAUCACCUCUCAAUACUUUAGUGUAUAAACAGGCCCCACCUGGCGAAGAUGUUCAUUGUUUAUAUAGAUUCGUGACCGACAAGAGAAUUUACGCUCGGGUUAUACUUACUAUACUCAGCGUUAAUUUCAAGGAACAUCCAUAUACUCCUGUUUCAUGUCAAAACUGUUAUGAAGAUAGGGCGGACAAGCUUAUUAUUUGGGAGCCAUUUCCGACUGGUAAAAGUGCGAACACAACAAUGGGAAUUACUACAACACCGUUACCAUUACAUUUAGCUGUACAGAGAUCAAUCGGAUCUUGCUUAUGCGCCAAACAUGCCAAUUCUGUAUCUAGGGUUAGACCAUACAGAAUAGUAUCAUCGGGAGAGACAUUAAACCUUCAACUAAUAGUUGAUAAUGCCCAUGCAGCUGCUUCUUAUUUCAAAAAUCCUUCACCCCUUUUUGAAGCAAGAUAUGAAUUUGUUCACGGACCUUUGUGCGGCCCACCAGUGUUGGCUGCAGCAUCAGAUGGAGAGAUUGUGUAUCCGCACUUAGAAGCUUUAGGUUAUACAGAACCUCCAAAAAGAAUUCAAUGCAUUUGGGAUCUUGAAAUAGAAGAAAAGAGAGAUAUAUGGCUGCACUUUGACAGUAUUAAAUUUGCAUCACGUCAUUGCGAUGAUGGAAAUAUACAAAUUUAUUUACCAGGUCGUGUGGAGUCUUACUUAUCAAUUUGUGGAGAAAAUGUAUCUUUGGCUCGUGAAUUGCCAAUUUUAUCAGCCGGUGAACUAGGAUUUGAAUCAUUAGAUGAUCCAUUGGUUAUGGAAAAAGAAAAAACAAGAUCAAUAAGAAUUGUUUUUAUUGGUAGUGCAUCACCAGCACGUGCAUCGUUUAAAAUUGCUUGGACAGGACUGUUCCAUUUACCCAAAAAUUCUGAUGGAACACUUAUGACAUCACGUUUGACAGAAGGUGGAUCUCUUAACCCUGAUUCAGGACAUGGGUGUGACUUUAUCUGUCCUGGAGAUGAAGCUCUUUGCAUACCAGCCCGACUUAUUUGUAAUGGCGUGGUAAAUUGUCCUAAUGUUACUUCUACAGAGAAAAAAUAUUGGACUGCUGAAGAAAAGCGUGCAAGAGAAGCUUAUGCUGAAGAUAGCUUACGGCGUCUAGGUUACUUGGAUGUACUAAAUGGAAUAUCUUUAGGGAAACUCAGUGAUGAGGCACCAGAAUUAUGUGCGGGUGCUAGAAGCGCAGGUGAAAGUGAUUGGUUAGCUCCUGUUUUAGGAGCAGUGCUUGCAUUUGCUAUUGGUGUAUGUGCUCUAGGCGCGGCUUGGCGUUUAUGUUGCCGCAAGCGAUCACCCGAUGAGGAGUCUUUGGAUUACUGACACGCGGCACGCGGCGCACCACAUGCGCCGCCUACCCUUCACUCACGAUCUUCAUCUAGAGAUUUACAUCUAGAUUGGAGUUUGCAUUGACAGACACUUUAUUGAGCGUCCAAAAUUUUUUCUCUUCAUUAAAUGUUUCAAUUCUAAAUUUAAAACUGAAUUUUUUGAUCUUGAUUACUCACAUUAGAAAGUGUAUUUUUUACUAUUGAAUUGUUUAUUUUUUAAUAUACAUAUAACACUACACUUAUUCAUAUCACACUAACUCAGCGUACGAUAAUUAUAUUUUAUUACUAUAUAUCUCCUCCUCUUCUGUGGUCUUGCUCCCCUUUUCUUCAAAAAAUAUUAAAACGGCGCUCAGUAUUGUUUUGUAAUUAGUGUAAAUACCUUGAUAGUUAUCCCUACAGUUAAAGAAUGCUUCAGAGGAAUGAUCAUAGGUUACAACAAGGUGAUAGUAGUCGUAGUAAUUAAGAAUUUGUCAUAAUAAUCAUGGUUAAUGAUAUUUGAGUCAUACCUGUAUAUUUUCAAAUAAAUCGUGUGUCAAGUAUAUCAGCAUUUAAAAAACUGUAUGACGAAUGAUUGCAUUCGAAAAUGAAUUAAACAACAUAGAGUAAUAAUGUUUUCAGAAUAAAAAUCAAUAGUGAAGAAUCGAGUAGAAAUACUAUGAAAUUAUAAUGCAAUAACAGAGAGAGCGGUUGCGUGGUCAAAGUUGGAUAAUAAAAGCCUGCAGGUGAACUAGUUCACUUCAAAGUUACAGAUGGAACCGACUUAAAAUUAUAAAAGUUGGUGCUGAGAAUUUUCCUCUUGAUAUUUCAUUAUUUUAUAGACAAAAUUGUUCUCGUGUUGAUUACCGUAAAAUGAUUACGAUGUAAAUAUGAAUAGGCGUUUAUAAAAAUAGUAAUGUGUUACAAGCAGUUCACUGCCAUCAAAGAUUACUUUCUUUUUCGUAAUAUUCUUAAUUUAAAGCUUAAAUAAAUAGAUUAGUUGUUAUAUUCAAUUUGCAAUAAUUUAAAUUUAAUAUUAUAGUUACGAUUCGUUCAACUAUACUAAUUGUUUCUUAAUACAGCUUGAAGUAAAAUAUGUACCGUGAAAAUGUAUUUAAAAUUUUUAAACACUUAAAAAGUGCUAAAAAUUAUCCCUUCAAAACUACGUUCCUUAAAGAAGAUAAAGAGGUUUUCAGAUAAAUAUCCUCAACUACAAUUUUAAUCAUCGUAAACCUUAAAGUACAAUUUUACUUUAAGCUUGCUAUUAAAUAGAGAGUAGUAAAACGUUUUAAUUCGGAUACGGUAAUUACAUUCGAAAUACAUAUCUGAAUUAAUAAUUUGAAUAAAAUUUUAAACUUUUUCACGUUAAUAUUAUAAUUUGUGGUAUAUAAACUCCCUUUGACUUUAACGAACGAAUAAAUCUUUUAAAUUUAAUGUAAAUAAACAGCGAUUAUAAUAAUUCUGAUCACCUAAUUACCGUAUCUGAUAAAUGAUUAUUACAACGCACAUUAAUUUAGAGGCGAAAUUAAUUUUGUGAAGCAUUUUUUUGUAAAACACAAUUAUGAUAGUUUAUAUGAAUAAAAUGUUA